UCUAUUUUUAUUUCCUCUCUCUCUCUCUCUCUUCCCUUUCAUUCAAAUCCGGCUGCGGUCGCCUCGGAUCUCGUCCUCUCUCUCUCUCUCUCUCUCUCUCUCUCCCUCCUAUUCUCACAAACCCUAAUCUCGUUCAAAACCCUAGCUCCUCGCAUCACUCCAUCAAAAUUCCUUUCAAUUUUCAAAAUAAGCGUGGGAUCGCCUGCAAUUUGGUGGCCCGCGCCUCCGAUCUGAUGUUAAUUAUGAAAUUCUGUGGAUCCAGAGGACCAUCAUGUUGAAAGAAAGAAAUGACGCAACAUUGCUUUAAUGAUUCAAAGUUGUAUGAGGGUUCUGCUUCAUCUAGCCCUUAUCCUUUAUCUUCACAACAUCGACAAAUUUCUAGUUUGAGCCACAAAAACAUCUUUCGGUUGUUAUCAUGGAGGGAAAUCUCUCCACGUGCAAGAUAUUCUUCCAAAAGGCUGCAUGGGGACGCAAAAAAGUUUGGAACUGAUUGUAUUGGGUCCAAAUGUGAAAUAAUAGAUGCAAGACUUGCUCUAAACUCUUGGGUAGAAGCAAAGUCAUUGCAUCAUUUGUCGGCCAAAUAUUGUUCUCUUGUACCACCACCUAGGUCAACCAUUGCUGCAGCAUUUAGUUUGGAUGGAAAAACACUUGCUUCUACACAUGGUGAUCACACUGUUAAAAUAAUUGAUUGUCAAACUGGGAGAUGUUUAAAGGUCUUAAGUGGGCAUCGGCGGACACCAUGGGUGGUUAGGUUUCAUCCGCUGUAUUCUGAGAUACUUGCUAGUGGCAGCUUAGAUCACGAAGUGCGGCUUUGGGAUGCAAACUCUGCUGUUUGUAUAGGAUCACAUGAUUUCUAUCGUCCUAUUGCCUCCAUUGCCUUCCAUGCUCAAGGGGAGCUGCUUGCUGUAGCUUCAGGUCACAAGCUAUUCAUAUGGAACUACAAAAGGGAUACAUCUUCCCCUUCAAUUGUGUUGAAGACUCGGCGUUCCUUGAGGGCUGUACACUUCCAUCCUCACGCUGCCCCAUUUUUACUAACAGCUGAGGUUAAUGAUCUUGACUCCCCAGAUUCACCAUUGGCUCUUGCGACUUCUUGUGGUUAUUCACCAUAUCCUCCUCCUGCUGUCUUUUUUGCGAAUAUCAACUCUAGGCUCUGUCCUCACCUUGAGGCUAACAUGCCUCUUAUACCUUCUCCUUACUUGUUUUGGCCAACAAUUGUAAGAGAUGAUGCUAGAUCAUCAUUGCAGCUGGGUGGCAGGGUUAGUAGCUUAGGCAAUGUUCAGCAACAAACAGAUAUUUCCAGACAGCUACAUGCAAAUGGGGAAAGCCAAUUUACCAACUUAGUGACCCCUAUGGAAAUGUCUCCUGGGGAGCCCUCUAGCACAAGUCUUUCGGCAGAGGAUGCACUUGCUAAUUCUAUGAUCGCUGAAAUGGAAACAGCUCCAUUAAAUUCUUAUAGGGUAGGUGCAGGAACCAGUCAUGUGCUCCCUACCAGCAGGUACCAGCAAGAAAGGUCUAGUGGCAUUGCAGGGCGACCAAAUACUGUUGAGAAUAUAUCAUCUACUUCCCAAGCCAACAGCAUGGGUGUUCAAAUGCCCACUGGCUACUCUAGGCAACUGAUUGAUGGUGCUGCAGUAAGUUCAUAUAACCCUUCUUUUGGUUCCGACCUUCAGGUACUCCUGAGAAACGUAGAAGGUGGACAGGUCCAUCAGAUAGUGCCUAUCAGUGAUCCAUCACGAUGGGAGCUACCUUUUUUGCAGGGCUGGUUGAUGGGUCAAACCCACGCUGGCCUGAACAAUGUGCUUCCUGUUAACAGUAGCCUCCAAGGAGAUCCAUCCAUGGGCCAGGGGACAAGCACUGACUUGUUGACGUCACAUCUACAAUAUCGUCGUAACAUGGAAGCACUGCUAUCUUCUUCAAAUAUGAGAACCACCGUCAGCCAAUCUAGGGGUUCUGGUCGAUCAGGUUCUCGUCAUCGUUCUCGGUCUCAUAUGAUGGCUUCAACUGGUUCUGGAGAAGGUGCCCUGGUUUUAAAUUCGCAAGAUGGUGAAACUGAGCCUCAUUCUGGUCGUACUGGAAUUGGAUCCGAAAUUCCAGCAACACUUCCAUCAGUAGCCGCAGCAGAAUUACCUUGUACUGUGAAGCUAAGAAUAUGGCCGCAUGAUAUGCGGGUUCCAUGUGCAACUCUAAAUCCAGAUAAAUGCCGCUUAACUAUACCACAUGCCGUCCUUUGCAGUGAAAUGGGUGCCCACUUUUCUCCUUGCGGGCGAUUUUUUGUAGCCUGUGUAGCAUGUAUGCUUCCUCAAGUCGAAGGUGAUCCAGGACUUCAGGCACAUAUGCCCCAUGAUGCUGCUGGGGCCAGGGCAUCUCCAACUCGGCACCCUAUUUCAGCUCAUCAAGUCAUGUAUGAGCUUCGAGUUUAUUCACUCGAAGGGGCAACCUUUGGUAAGGUGCUGGCUUCAAGAGCUAUCAGAGCUGCUCAUUGUUUGACAUCCAUUCAGUUCUCUCCGACAUCGGAACACAUACUAUUGGCAUAUGGUCGACGCCAUAGUUCACUUUUGAGGAGCAUUAUCAUUGAUGAGGAGACUGCAAUACCUAUUUACACUAUCUUAGAGGUUUAUAGAGUUUCAGAUAUGGAGCUUGUAAGAGUUUUACCCAGCGCAGAAGAUGAAGUCAAUGUUGCAUGUUUUCAUCCUUUGGUUGGAGGAGGUCUUGUUUAUGGGACUAAGGAAGGCAAGCUAAGAAUUCUAAAGUUUGAUGGUUCACAGGAUGCAAAUUGUACAGGCACUAACUUUUUUCUUGAAGAAAGUAUUCUCGAGCUUCUUUGCAAGACGUUUGCUACAUCCUAACCUGGCCAAAAUGUGAUAUAAUGGUUCCGCUUAUUGGAAAUACAGGUCUCAGGUUUAAUGGGUUGGUUCAAGUUUUCCGUUCUCUUCGAGAAGAUAUGUUGUAUUCCCAUUCAUUUCUUACAGUUGUAAUCUAGGUGCUUCGGAAUCCAAGCUGUGCUGUUGGUUACCGCUACUAAUGUUAUGCUGGAAUUUGUCUUCAGCACCUCCAAUGACCCCUUCAGUUACCGGUCAGUUGCAUGUACAUUAUUAUGUAUCAUUAUAUAUCAUUAUUGUAAAUUGCUAACUUUGAGGACUUGAUAUAAAAAUCAAAUUUGAUGCUGACCUAUCCUGUUCGAUCAUCUAUUGAAGUAUGUUGGUGGUUCGCUGAAUAAAACCUCUUGUAUCGUCUUCACUAAUGAAUGACCUGCAGCCUACUUUCUA